AUGUCAGUCCGUUCAAUCACUUUGGUUCGCAAUGCGAUGGUAGGUAAAAGCUUCGCUUCUACUAUGUGUCCCUUGGUGAGAUCUCCUGCUGCCAGAAUCCGACCUCUUCAACGGCAUUUAACUACAAAACCCAACUCUACCACAUCUCGAUUCUUUUCCACAGCUCCUGGAAAGCCACAACAACAACAACAACAACAACAAGCAUCUAAAAUAUCGUCCAUGGCAUCAUCACCCAGUAUCAUCCAAGCUGCCAAAGUGAAAGCAGAGCCUAAACCAUCUAAAUUGAAGGAACUCACCAAAAAGUACGGCGCAGUGGGUAUCAUUGUAUAUCUCGGUGUUGGUUGUGUGGAUCUAGGUAUCACUCUUGGUGUUAUUCAAUUAGUGGGGCUGGAUAAAGUGAAAGCACUGGAAAGAGGCGUAUUGGACAUCGUUUACAACACGGGUGAGAGAUUUGGAAUCAAGAGAAAGGAAGACGUUUUGGUGACAUCUGACGAGAGUGUGAUGAGCAGCGAUGCCGACGAUACCCCUUCAUUUGCCUCUGUGUUCAUUUUGGCCUAUGGUAUUCACAAAACGCUACUGCUUCCUGUCAGACUUGGCAUUACAGCUGCAAUUACACCUGCAAUUGUUCGUAAAUUGCACCAAAUGGGCUGGGCUCGUUACUUUCCUAGAUUAUUAGGCGCCACUACACCAAAAAAGCCAUAA